GCCACCGCCCACAGCCGCGGCGGCGCCUGGCACCGUCCGUUAGCCCUCCUCCGCCUGCGAACUGCUGCCUGCCGCAACUCCUCAACGUGGGGUAGUGUUCUUGGCUUGUUAUCUUUCGGUCACCCGUUGUUUGUUUCUGUUGCAUAUUCUUCGCUGGGAUAGUGGGGUGGUGAGAUAUAAACAGAAGGACGAUGGAAAUGUUGUUUUUCGUAUGAGUAACCUGGCUAGAUGAGUUGCCCACCCCAUUGCAGUCUUGUUGCUUUCGGUAAAUGAUCAAGGUGUUUCCCCUAGUCAUGUACCAAAGGUGGGAAUGACCUUUGACACAGAAAAGGAAGCCUAUGACUUCCAUAAUUCCUAUGCUAGAAGUGUUGGGUUUAGUAUCCGGAAGUGCCACACGAAAAUGAGAGCCGAUGGGACUCUUUGUUGCAAAUAUUUCGUCUGCAGCAAUGAAGGGCAGCCUGCGGCGAAGCAACGCGCUUCGACAAGGUCCGACUGCAAGGCCCGUGUUCAGUUCAACAUUAGUCGAGAAGGUAUAUGGACAGUGCAAAAGGUUGAACUUGAUCACAACCACUUCCUGGUAAGUCCAGACAAGGCCCAUAUGUUGAGGUCACAGCGCCGUUUAUUAGAGUCUGAUCAACAGAUAAUGAGUCAAAUGCGAAAAAAGGGGAUUACCACUGCGGAUAUACGGAGAGUUUUGCAGCAAGGUUCUGCGGGAGCUGAAAAUGUACAUCUUCUGAAGAAGGAUUCUGAGAAAAAGUACCUCCAACCAAGCUAUGCUCAAGCAUUGCUCGAGUAUUUGAAGAACAAGCAAUCUGAAAAUCCGUCAUUCUUUUAUGCGGUUCAGCUAGACGAUGAUGGUCGAAUAGCCAACUUCUUCUGGACAGAUGGUCAGGCUAUUGUAGAUUACGCUUGUUUUGGUGAUGUUGUCUCUUUUGACACAACAUUUAAGAGAAACAGGUCUGAAAUGCCAUUUUCUCCAUUUGUGGGAACCAACCAUCAUAAGCAAACCAUCAUUUUCGGAGCUGCAUUGAUAUAUGAUGAAUUUUCAGAGUCUUUCCCUUGGCUCUUUCAGACCUUUCUUACCGCAAUGUCUGGGAAGCAACCAGCUACAAUUUUUACAGAUCAAUCAUCUGAAAUAUCUAAGGCUAUUGGGUUGGUCUUUUCUAACUCAAGUCAUUGUCUAUGUUUGCGGCAUAUCUGUCACAAUGUGGUUAAGCAUUUGAGUAAUGGAAUUUGCAACCAUCCACAAUUUCUGUCUGAUUUUAAGAAGUGUGUGUAUGAAAAAAGGUCUAUAGUGUGCUUUGAUUUGAAGUGGAAGGAAUUGGUAAGUGCAUACAAUCUUCAAGGUAAUACAUGGAUGAAGAAUUUAUCUGCAUUGCGUGAAAAGUGGGCUGCUGUGUAUUGUCAUGAUUCAUUUUACGCUGACAUGAUAUCAAUUCAAAAUAAUGAAUCAUGAAUAAUGCUUUCAAGAAAUUUCGGAUGAAGCUUUGUCUUCCAGAAUUUUUAGAAGUCUAUGAUCAGUGCAUAAUUAGUCUUCGCCAAAAUGAACUAGCAGCGGAUUAUAAGUCACGCCAUACCAACCCAGUUCCUUAUGUUCCUGAUUUACCUAUGUUGAAGAUAGCUGCUGAAUCCUAUACGAGAAAUGUAUAUGUUGAUUUUGAAGAAGAGUUCAAAAAGUUGUUCACACUUUCUUGUUCAUUGCUGUCACAAGACAGGACAGUCAGCACUUAUAAGUUGAUACCUCUGGAUUCAGAAGAAGCAGCAUAUGUCGUUUUCAAUUCUGUAGAUAAUACAGUCUCAUGUUCUUGCAAAAUGUUUGAGUGCACAGGUAUGCUAUGCAAGCAUGCACUGCGAGUCCUUAACUACAAAAAUAUAUUUACAUUGCCAUCUCACUAUAUAUUGAAAAGAUGGACAAAAUAUGCGAAAUCUCAGUUAUUUUGCUGCAGAAAUGUGCAGAGUGACAAUGAGAGUUUAAUGUCACGCUGUGCACAUAUCUCUCGAAAGAUACAUUCAAUUGCACUAAGAUGUUCAAUGUCAGAAAAGGCGCUUCAGCUUUUGGAGGUUGGUGUAGAUAAGUUAGCUUGGGAAAUAGAAAAUUUUCGAAGUCAGACAAACUCGAAUGGGAAUGGUACUUGUCAAUCGCUUGAGUUUUGCAAUAGCCAAUAGUGCAACGACAAUGGAAAAUUUACUGUACAGGGAAGGGCCCUGAUAUGCAAAAUAAUGAAAAAACAUUCUUGGGGAGGAGAAAAACUGAUGCACUGCAGGAAAAAGGGAUCAUUCAGUUAAGAUGUUUUAGCAAAUGGCAUAAUUCUGACUGUGCCAUCUGCUGCAUCAAACUACCCAGGGAGAUUUACAAAGCUGUUUAUUCGGUGAUCACCAUCUGUGUUUCAACCACUAAUUUUUGGUGAUUGUUCAAGAAACGUAAUUUAUAAGGAACAAGUAUCUUUUGAGCUGUUGAGAUUGUGGGCAGUGGAAAGAGCAUCAUGAUCCGCUAACCCUGCUGCUUCUUGACACUGCUGGCAUUUGGCAACGAUGAAGUAGUACUGGCUAUUGACAGAGAUGCUGAUGUUAUCCUGGCCUUCUUAUUGCAUCGUGAUCUAUUCUGUGUACAUACACAAUCGGUUAUUAUGCUUUAGCUUAUGGAAUACUCCUAGCAACCAGGAUAGAGGAAUCUGGUUAUUGUGUUCAUA